UGCAGUACAGGCCAUACAGCUGUUAAUAUCAUCCCAUAAAAUAGCGAAUAAAGAAAUUUGUUUAAUUGUGUUGCUCAUUCCAUACCAUAACGUGUUGGAAAUUUUUUAAGUCUAUAAAAUCUCUUCAUAGGUUCUUUCUUUUCGGGCAGUACGGGUACAUUUAGGAGGUUACGUAUUCCAUGUUAAGAAGUUUUUGAGUCUUACGACUCUGAUUAACGAUGAGGAAUUUCAAACAUCCCAAUUUUAAUGCCUGUCUUGUCAUUUCUGAAGUCCACAAUUGCUACCAUCAUACUAUAUAUAUUUAUGAAUACGUGAAAAUUUCAUCUCAACCACCUCCAGCGCACCACCCUUGACUAUAAUGUAUUAUACAAGUUAAUGUAACAGCUAUUUCUUCAAUGUUUAUUCCCCAUAUCUUUUCCGUGUACAUUGUAUUAUAUUGUAAUCUCAGCAUAUCUUGACUCUUAUCAAUUAUCUCCCUUUCAACAAAUUAAAUGCUAGGAGUAUAAUUAUAUCUAGCAUGACUUUAUAAGAACUCAUCCAAGAAAUAAUAUAAGUCUCAGCUCUGUCACUUGUUUAGAGAAAAAGGUUUUGUUGAUGAAGGACAAAGAGAAGAUGUUGUUUCUAGGAUUUUUACAUAGAAUUGUUUUCAUGAUUUUGCUAUUCGUGGCAACUUUCUACCAUGGGGUAGAGGGUGUUGAUCGCCCUCAUCGAAUUCUUUUGGAUACAGAUGUGGAUACUGAUGAUUUCUUUGCUCUUUUAUACCUUUUGAAGCUUAACCGAUCCGAAAUGGACUUGAAGGCAAUAACUAUUAGCACAAAUGGAUGGACUAGUGCAGCGCACGCUGUAAAUCAAGUGUAUGACAUGCUAUACAUGAUGGGGCGUGACGAUAUUGCUGUUGGUGUGGGAGGUGAAGGUGGAAUACUUCCUAAUGGUACCAUUCUGCCAGAUGUUGGUGGAUAUCUCCCUAUAAUUGACCAGGGAAAUGGUACAGAUGGAUAUUGUAGAUAUAGACAAGCUAUACCUAUGGGUCUUGGAGGACGCUUGGACAUCGACUCAAAUUAUGGAUUCCGAAAGAGCUUCCUUCCACAGGGCAAGAGACAGUAUUCACCUCUUCGACAGCCAACAGCUCAGCAAGUAAUGAUUAAAACAAUUUCUUCUGGGCCAACUGUAGUUUUUCUCAUUGGAUCACAUACAAAUUUUGCACUAUUUAUACUAAGAAAUCCACAUUUAAAGAAAAAUGUUGAGCAUAUUUACAUAAUGGGAGGUGGUGUAAGGUCACAAAAUCCUACAGGUUGUUGCCCAAAGAACUCGACCUCUUCUUGCCAACCUCGACAGUGUGGUGACCAUGGCAAUUUAUUCACAGAUUACACAAGCAACCCUUAUGCAGAAUUCAAUUUGUUUAUGGAUCCUUUUGCUGCUUACCAGGUAAUUCAUUCUGGUAUUCCAGUUACUCUUGUCCCAUUGGACGCCACAAAUACCAUUCCCAUAACUGAAAAGUUUUUUGAGACCUUUGAGAAGAAUCAACAUACAUAUGAGGCACAGUACUGUUUUAAGUCCCUGAAAAUUGCUCGUGAUACUUGGUUCGAUGACCAAUUCUAUACGAGUUACUUCAUGUGGGACUCAUUUAUGUGUGGAAUAGCUGCUUCAAUCAUGAGGAAACAGCACAACCACCAAGGAGAAAAUGAAUUUGCAGAAAUGGAGUAUAUCAAUAUUACUGUGGUUACUUCAAAUAUGCCAUACGGGAUAUCUGAUGGAUCAAAUCCAUUUUUUGAUGGACGUAAAACUCCCAAGUUCAACUUGGAAAGAAAUGGAGUUCACAGUGGUCAUGUUCAGACUAGACUUCGUGAUCCAUUUUGUGUAGCCAAGAAUGGGAGGGGCAGAUGCCAGGAUGGUUAUACAAAAGAAGUUACUGGGCCAGGAGGAGUGCCUGUUCUUGUUGCUGUAAGAGCAAAACCUAAUCGAAAUGCUAGCAGCUUA